CACACCUCGCUCUGUCUGCCAUGGCUGGUUAAAGAACCGUCCGGAUCGCCGCGCGGGGGGAGGGCCGGGUGGGGGAGCGCGGCGGCCGCGCGUGAGGCCGAGGGAGGGGCGGCGGCGCGAACGGCGACGGCGGCGGUUCCAGCAUGAAGAGGAGAGCUGGCCUGGGGGGCAGCAUGAGGUCAGUGGUGGGCUUCUUGUCCCAGCGGGGCUUGCAUGGGGACCCCCUGCUCACUCAGGACUUUCAGAGGAGACGCCUGCGGGGCUGCAGAAACCUCUACAAGAAGGACCUCCUCGGCCACUUCGGCUGUGUCAAUGCCAUUGAAUUCUCCAACAAUGGAGGCCAGUGGCUGGUCUCAGGAGGAGAUGAUCGCCGGGUUCUUUUAUGGCACAUGGAACAGGCUAUCCACUCCAGAGUCAAACCCAUACAACUGAAGGGAGAGCAUCAUUCUAACAUUUUUUGCCUGGCUUUCAACAGUGGAAACACCAAAGUAUUCUCUGGAGGAAAUGAUGAGCAAGUUAUCCUCCAUGAUGUUGAAAGCAGUGAGACCUUGGAUGUGUUUGCUCAUGAAGAUGCUGUGUAUGGCUUGUCAGUGAGCCCAGUAAAUGACAACAUUUUUGCCAGCUCCUCAGAUGAUGGCCGGGUUCUCAUCUGGGACAUUCGGGAGUCUCCCCAUGGAGAGCCCUUCUGUCUGGCAAACUAUCCAUCUGCCUUUCACAGUGUCAUGUUUAAUCCUGUGGAGCCCAGGCUAUUGGCCACAGCCAAUUCAAAGGAAGGAGUGGGACUCUGGGAUAUUCGAAAACCUCAGAGUUCUCUCCUGCGCUAUGGUGGCAACCUGUCCCUCCAAAGUGCCAUGAGUGUGCGAUUCAACAGCAACGGGACCCAGCUCCUGGCCCUGAGGCGUCGUCUGCCCCCUGUGCUCUAUGAUAUCCACUCCCGUCUGCCUGUGUUCCAGUUUGACAAUCAGGGUUACUUCAACUCUUGCACCAUGAAAAGCUGCUGUUUUGCAGGAGAUCGUGACCAGUAUAUCCUUUCAGGCUCUGAUGACUUCAACCUGUACAUGUGGAGAAUACCUGCAGAUCCCGAAGCAGGUGGCAUUGGUAGGGUGGUCAACGGAGCCUUCAUGGUGCUGAAAGGGCAUCGGUCUAUUGUUAACCAGGUCCGAUUUAACCCCCACACCUACAUGAUCUGCUCUUCUGGUGUAGAAAAGAUUAUCAAGAUCUGGAGCCCCUACAAGCAGCCAGGCUGUACUGGAGACCUGGAUGGUCGGAUUGAGGAUGACUCCCGCUGCCUUUAUACCCACGAAGAAUACAUCAGCCUUGUGUUGAACAGUGGAAGUGGCCUGUCUCAUGACUACGCCAACCAGUCUGUGCAAGAAGACCCCCGGAUGAUGGCCUUCUUUGACUCCUUGGUGCGCCGCGAGAUUGAAGGCUGGAGCUCCGACUCAGACAGUGACCUUAGCGAGAGCACUAUCCUCCAGCUGCACGCAGGGGUUAGUGAGCGCUCGGGCUACACUGACUCUGAGUCCUCCGCCUCGCUGCCCCGUUCCCCUCCGCCUACAGUGGAUGAGUCCGCUGACAGCGCCUUCCACUUAGGGCCCCUGCGGGUCACCACCACCAAUGCAGUAGCAUCAACACCACCACCACCCACGUGUGAGGAUGCAGCCUCUCGCCAGCAGCGCCUAUCUGCGCUGCGGCGCUACCAGGACAAACGCCUCCUGGCCCUUUCCAACGAGUCUGAUUCUGAAGAGAACGCCUGUGAGGUUGAACUGGACACAGAUCUCUUCCCUAGGCCACGGUCACCCAGCCCUGAAGAUGAGUCCAGCAGUUCCAGCAGCUCCAGCAGCUCUGAGGAUGAGGAGGAGCUGAAUGAACGCCGCUCCUCCACCCGGCAGCGGAAUGCAAUGCGUCGCAGGCAGAAGGCCCCACGAGAGGAGAGACCUAGCGUCCCUGCCAAACCCACCAACACCUACAUUGGGGAGGACAACUAUGAUUACCCCCAGAUCAAAGUGGAUGACCUCUCCUCCUCCCCCACCUCAUCACCUGAGCGGAGUACUUCCACUCUGGAGAUUCAGCCUAGUCGGGCAUCACCCACUUCUGACAUUGAGUCAGUUGAGCGAAAGAUUUAUAAAGCUUACAAGUGGCUGCGCUACUCCUAUAUCUCCUACUCAAAUAACAAAGAUGGAGAGAGCUCUGUGGUGUCUGGAGAAGCAGAUGAAGGGAGAGCAGGAACCAGCCACAAGGACAACCCAGCUCCUUCUUCCAGUAAGGAAGCCUGUAUAAAUAUGGUCAUGGCCCAGAGGAACCAGGACCUGCCCCCAGAAGGCCGCAGUAAGGACAAUUUUAAAGAAGGGACUUCUGCCAGAAAUCCCAGCAAUGGCCCAGGUCAUGAGCAUGGCAGCCAUCCUUGGGCAGAGGUGCCAGAGGAUACCUAUCAGGACUCUAACAAUGGUGGUUCUGUAGAACACUCCUUUGAAACCAAGAAGCUCAAUGGAAAGGCCCUGAGCAAGGCUCUGAACAACCGGGCUGAGGAGCCUCCCUCUCCUCCUAUUCCUAAGGCAUCUGGCUCCACUCUCAGCAGCGGGUCUGGCAACUGUUCCAGGACCCAGUCUGAUGACAACGAAGAGAGGAGCCUCGAAACCAUCUGUGCCAACCACAACAAUGGACGCUUACACCCCCGCCCCCCUCAUCCCCACAACAAUGGGCAGAACUUUGGGGAACUGGAGUCAGUGGCCUACUCUUCCCCAGGACAUUCGGACAGUGACCAUGAUAAUUUGUCUCUGACAGGGACACUUCUACACAAAGAUUGUUGUGGGUCUGAAAUGACCUGUGAGACCUCGAAUGCUGGAACAAGAGAGGACCCCACUGAACCCCCAGGCACAGACAACAACAGGGCUGUUCAUGGCCAUAGUGUCCUCAAAAGGCACCGAGUUGAAUUGGAAGAUACAGAUUCAGAGAAUUCCUCCUCAGAGAAGAAAUUAAAAACAUGAUAAAUAUAAAGGGAAAA